GUGAGAUUAGCUCCUGUUAGCUCCUCCUCUGUGGUUUACACUCACAGCCAGGCCGGGCUAGCCUGCCACAGCCUUCACAUGCUAACCUUUUGCACAGAAAUGGAUUAACUGUUUUUCCAAAAUGUCCCGUGUUUCAUUUAGAGAACAAUGAGAUCUCUCCUGAAGAUGUUUCCACAAUCAGGGAAGUCGAUUGUCUUUGACAACUUUCCAGAUCCUACUGACACCUGGGAAAUCAUCGAGACAAUUGGGAAAGGAACCUACGGGAAAGUCUACAAGGUGCUCAACAAGAUCGAUGGAAGCAAAGCAGCUGUGAAGAUACUGGACCCCAUCCAUGAUAUCGAUGAGGAGAUAGAAGCAGAAUACAACAUCCUCAAGGCUCUUUCUGACCACCCCAAUGUUGUCAAGUUUUAUGGGAUGUACUACAAGAAGGAUGUGAAAUGUGGAGAUCAGCUGUGGCUCGUGUUGGAGCUCUGCAAUGGCGGCUCGGUGACAGAUCUGGCCAAAGGCAUGCUGAAGAGAGGAGACAGAAUGGAUGAAGCCAUUAUUGCGUACAUCUUGCAUGAGGCCCUCAUGGGCCUCCAACACCUGCACAUCAACAAAACCAUCCACCGGGAUGUCAAAGGCAAUAACAUCCUAUUAACGACACAAGGAGGCGUCAAACUCGUGGACUUUGGUGUUUCGGCCCAGCUGACAAAUACCCGUCUGAGGAGGAACACCUCUGUGGGAACUCCCUUUUGGAUGGCUCCGGAGGUAAUAGCAUGUGAGCAGCAGCUGGACUCGACGUACGACGCUCGUUGCGACGUCUGGUCCCUGGGCAUCACCGCCAUCGAGCUGGGAGAUGGAGACCCUCCCCUCUCUGACCUCCACCCAAUGAGAGCCCUUUUUAAAAUCCCAAGAAACCCUCCGCCUACUCUCCACCAGCCGGAGCUGUGGUCAGACGACUUUAAUGACUUCAUCUGCAAAUGUCUGAUUAAGGACUUUGAGCUGAGACCAAAUGUGCUAGACCUGCUCCAUCAUGUGUUCAUCAAACAGAUUGUUGGCAGAGAGAAAAUCCUGCAGAAACAAUUGAUUGAACUCAUUGAUCUCAACCAGCAAAUAGGAGUGAUUGAAAAAACAAGCUAUCAUGGAAAGACAGACAGAAGCACAGACAGUAAUGACAGGCAUGAACGUAUCCACACUAAAAAAGGAAGCCAUAUGAAGACUCAGACUGACGCAGAAGAGGUGGACGACCUCGCCACUCUGGAAGUUCUAGACGAGAAUACCGUCACGGAGCAGCUUCAGAGCCGCUACGGACGAGAUCAGAUUUACACAUAUGUGGGAGACAUCCUCAUCGCAGUUAAUCCUUUCCAUAAGAUGGAGAUUUACACUCCUCAGGAUACUAAGAUGUACAUAGGAGCUAAGCGCACAGCUAACCCUCCACACAUCUUCGCUGUGGCUGAUAUUGCCUACCAGUCUAUGGUGUCAUACAACGCAGAUCAGUGUGUUGUGAUCAGUGGAGAAAGUGGAGCAGGGAAAACAGAGAGUGCUCAUCUGUUGGUGCAGCAGCUGACGGUUCUUGGGAAGGCCAAUAAUCGGACUCUCCAGGAGAAGAUCCUGCUGGUCAACAGCCUGGUGGAAGCCUUCGGAAACGCCUGCACCGUCAUCAACGACAACUCCAGCCGCUUUGGCAAGUACCUGGAGAUGAAGUUCACCUGCGGGGGAACGGUGGUCGGAGCGCAGAUAUCUGAGUAUCUGCUGGAGAAAUCCAGAGUCAUCCACCAGGCGAUAGGGGAGCGAAAUUUCCACAUCUUCUACUACAUUUAUGCCGGACUGGCUGACAGGAAGAAACUCGCCCACUACAAGCUCUCUGACAGCAAAACACCUAAGUAUCUGUGUAAUGAACACAUUAAAUUAGGGCCUGACAUCGUGAGCAACACCUUCUACAAGGAGCAGUUUGAUGCAGUGGAACAAUGUUUCAAAGUCAUUGGAUUCACCCUAGAGGAGCUGGGCAGUGUUUACAGCACUCUGGCUGCCAUCCUCAACUCCGGAGAUAUCGAGUUUUCUCCAGUUGCCUCGGAGCACCAAACCGACAAGAGCAACAUCUCCAACAUUUCUGUCCUGGAGAACGUGGCGUCUCUGCUGUGUAUCCGCUCAGACGAGCUCCAGGAAGCCCUGACCUCCCACUGUGUCGUGGCCCGGGGCGAGACCAUCGUCAGGCCCAACACGGUGGAAAAAGCGGUGGAGGUGAGGGACGCCAUGGGCAAAGCUCUCUACGGCCGCCUCUUCAGCUGGAUUGUCAACCGAAUCAACGCGCUGCUGCGGCCUGACAGCCACCUCGGAGAGGAUGACAAGGGCCUGAACAUCGGCAUCCUGGACAUCUUUGGUUUUGAGAACUUCAAGAAGAACUCCUUUGAGCAGCUGUGCAUCAACAUCGCCAACGAGCAGAUCCAGUUUUACUUCAACCAGCACAUAUUCGCUUGGGAACAGGAUGAGUACCUGAAUGAAGAGGUGGAUGCUCGGAUGAUUGAAUAUGAAGACAACCGGCCGCUCCUGGACCUGUUCCUACAGAAACCAAUGGGGAUGCUGUCACUUCUCGAUGAAGAGAGUCGCUUUCCACAGGCCACCGACCAGACACUCGUAGAGAAAUUUGAAGAUAAUCUGAAGACAAAAAGCUUCUGGAGGCCAAAGAGAGUCGACCUUGGCUUCGGUAUUCACCACUAUGCCGGAAAGGUGAUUUACAACGCUGCAGGCUUCUUGGCAAAGAACAGAGAAACGCUGCCGGCUGACAUCGUCCUGCUGCUGAGGUCUUCAGAGAACGAGCUCAUUCGCAAACUCGUCACUCAUCCUCUCACCAAAACAGGCAACCUUGCCCACACCAAGGGUAAAGGCGUAAACACAAUGCGGACUCCACGGACCCCGACACGCACCAUCACCUUCGCCAAGAUGGGAGUGCUAACCUUAUACAGUUCUUUUUCUUUCACUGAGCCUUUUUGGGAAUUAAAGCACACUCCUGAGAAAAAAUGGUUGUCUGAUGUGCCUCUUGAUGACACAGUACAAGUGAAAACGCCGGGUGAACCUGGAGACACGCCUUCCCACCCAAGAGAAACAACAAAUAUGAGAACACAGACUGUGGCCUCUUAUUUCAGAUACUCUCUGAUGGACCUGCUGUCCAAGAUGGUGGCCGGGCAGCCUCACUUUGUGCGCUGUAUCAAACCCAACAACGAUCGCCACGCCAACAAGUUCGACCGGGAGAAGGUUCUGGUUCAGCUGCGAUACACCGGCAUUCUGGAGACGGCGAAAAUCAGGCGGCAGGGUUACUCUCACCGCAUCCUGUUUGCUAACUUCAUAAAGAGGUACUACAUCUUGGCUUUUCACGCCCACGAGGAGCCAGCUGUGACUCCAGAAACAUGUGCAGCCAUACUGGAGAAGGCCAAGCUGGAGAACUGGGCAAUGGGGAAAACAAAGGUGUUCCUCAAGUACUACCACAUUGAACAUCUGAAUCUGAUGGUGCAGCAGGCCACACAGCGAAUUGUCCUGCUUCAAGCUUGCGUUCGAGGCUGGCUUGGAGCCAAACGUUACCGCCGGAUAUUAAAAGAGAGAGAACAGAGCACUCUGGUGCUGCAGUCAGCUUACAGAGGUCAUAAAGUCCGGAAGAGGGUAGCUGACGACAAAAGCAAAGCAAAGCUUGAGGCCUUCAUCAUCCAGUUCCAAGCUGUUUGCAGGGGCUAUCUUGCAAAAAAGAAAUACAAGGAGUUGGUAGAUGAGAAGAACAAAGCAGCAACCAAGAUUCAGGCUCGCUACAGAGGACACAAGGAGAGGAAAAGCUUCAAAAGAAAACGGGAAGCCAAAGAGAAAGAGAAAGCAGAGAAGGCUCUUAAAGGAAAGGAGGAAGAGACGCCAGAACCAGAGAAAAGUACCAAUGAAGAAAGUGCCUCCGUUCCGGAAAACGAAGCCAACAACGAGGAAGAGGAAACUAAAGCUGCUGUAGUUCUCCAGAGCAACUUUAGGGGUUACAAGGAGAGGAAAAAGUUUAAGGAGAGAAAAAAGACGAUGGCUGGAGCCGAGCUAGAGAUUCCAGACGCUGUAGUGGAAGAGAACCAGGAAGAAGAUGGCAAAGAGCCGACCAGCAAAGAAGAAGGAGGGGAAAAGGCAGCUGAUAUCCAAGAGGAGAACGAUGAAGAUGAAAGCACUUAUGAAGCAGAAGAGAAUGAUGAUAGUGAUCAUACUCAGGUGGCAGAAGAUGAUGAGCAGACAGAAGUAGCAGAUGAAGCGAUGAUUGAGGACGCCGAUGCUGGAAAAGAAGUUCAGGAGGAGAAUAAGGAGGAGGAGGCUGAGGGGAGUGGAGGGGAAAAGACUGCAGAAGAUGAAACUGCCAACUUAGAGGAGGAAACCAAGGCUGCCACUGUUCUCCAGAGUAACUUCAGGGGUCACAAAGAGAGAAAGAGGUUGCAGGAAGAAGGCAAGAUCCCAGCGAAGAAACAGAAAGCUAGCAGUCCUGCAGCUGAAGAAGUGCCAGAAAAUGAAGAAUCGCCAGAACCUGAAGCUGGAGCAGAUGUUUCUUCAAGCGAUGUCAAGACAGACGAUGCUGAUGAGACCAAAGCAGCCGUGGUGCUUCAAAGCAACUUCCGUGGCCACAAGGAGCGCAAACGCCUCGAAGAGGAAGGAAAGAUCCCCAAGAAAAGAAAGAAGGAGCAAGAGGUUCCACCAGAACCUCCAAAAGAAGUCAAGCAGACAGAAGAACCAGUGCCAGAAUCCCAGGAGGACGUUUCUGCUGAGAACCCAGAGGGACUGGAUGAGGAAAAAGCAGCUACCGUCCUUCAGAGUAACUUCAGAGGACAUCGCGACCGAAAGAAACUGAAAGCGGAGAGAGAAGCGAAACAGAAGGCAAAAGAGGAGGAUGUGACUCCUAAUAACACAGAGGAGGAAGCUAAGGAGGAGCAGGAGGAGGCCUUGGAUGUUACCGAUGUGGUGAUAGAACGUAAAGAAGAGACAGAUGCCGAAAAAGAAAGACUGGAGGAAGAGCAGGCAGCUGUGAAGAUCCAGAGUAACUUCAGAGGCUACAAGGACAGAAAAAAUCUGAAGGCCAACAAGCAGACGGCGCAGAAUGAAGCCCAGCAGCUGGAGAACUUCUCCAAAGAGGUCACAAAGACUUCUCAGGAGUUUCUCGCCUUGCAGCAGAAGUUGAAUGAGAUCAUCCAGGCCCAUCAAUCAAACCCCGAGAACAAUGGCAUGUUUGUGAAAGGAAAAGCAGUCAAUGGCUACGCUCCCCAGCAUCACCAAUCAAUGACUGACAAACGACUGUCGAGAACCCCCCGCAGAACCCAGCAGCCAAAGACCCUGAACACACCGGAGGACUCCACCUAUUACACCCUGAUUCAUCGGUCUGUCCAGGAUGACAAACGCAAACCCAGGAAAGCAGAUCCAGGGAAACAGCUGGACGUGGAUGACCAGUACUACCAGGCCCUGUCCACCAGCAGGUCUGAUCCCUCCAUGUCCACAGAGAGAGCUCCACCCAGCAGCAUGCCAGAGAGGAGGCAGUCUGUAGGGAGGAGACGGUCCUCGGACAGGAGGAGAUCUAUGGACAGGAGGCAGUUAGGAGACAGGCGACAGUCUGCAGAGCUGAGACCGACACCUUCCACCCGACAGACCAGAGAGAGAGCCGUCACUGAACCAGAGGCUGCCAAACCUGCCAAAGACAACAGGCGUUCAGUCCCCAGAAUGUCGUCCACAGAGAGCCGGACUGAGGACAACCCGUACGACUUCAGACAUCUACUGAGGAAGACCUCGCAGAGACGAAGGCUCAUCAAACAGUACUGAACACGGGACGGAACAUUUUGGACAUUUGGCACCGAAACUCUCCAAAUCUGAAACACAGCAGCAGUCAUAUCGUGGUAUAUGAAAACACGAACACAUAUUUAGUGUAUUUGAUCGAAUACAGCUUAAAAACACCUUUAAACAGCUGGAAUUUAAACUGCUGUGUUUGUCACUGAACAGAUUAACUUCCAAGCUAAUUACAGUAUGUCAGAUAGAGAGGGAAUGUAAAUGUAAAUACCAAAAUCAUACACUUUUAAUCUUUAAUCUGUAAAUUAAGAUUUAUUUAUGAGAUCUGUAAUUUAGUUAUUGAUGUACAACAUUUUAUCUUUUUGAUGUCUCAGUUUUCUUGCUCUUGAACUUGAACACUUACAAUUCAUUUUGAAGAAUAUCAUCCUCUGCAGCGCUGUAAUCUAAGAAAUGUACAUUCUUUCCUCUGCUGCAAUGUCUGAUUUCUUCAUUUAAACAUAAAAUAUAUGAAAUUACA